AUGGAGAAUAUUGAAAAUAUUCUAAAACAACGCUUAAGUGGCGCACAAUUAAAAGAAUUUAAUAGAAUAUAUUACGGAACAGAAGUUAUUAAAGAGUUGGAAGUGAAUGAAACAUCAAAAGUUAGAAGUAAAGAAAAUAAUUUUACUCUAGCUGCGUAUUCAUUUAGUGCUAGUAAAGAGGAGAUCAGAAAACCGAACAAAGUGAGGUUAGGUUUGAUACAACACUCGAUUGUUUAUACUACCGAUAACACAAUACCUGACCAAAGGCAGGCAAUAUUUGAUAAAAUACGACCUAUAAUAGAAGUCGCGGCUUCAGAGGGCGUCCGUAUACUUUGCUUACAAGAGACGUGGCCCAUGCCAUUCUUCCUUUGCACGAAAGAGAAAAAAAAGUGGGCGGAUUUCGCUGAAUCAGCCAUCGAUGGACCAAGCACGCUUUUUCUUAGUAAAUUAGCGAAAAAGUAUGAAAUGGUCAUAGUGUCUCCUAUAUUAGAGAGUGAUGGUGGCGUGUGGUGGAAUACAGCUGUUGUGAUAGAUGAAGAAGGAAACUAUUUGGGUAAACAUCGAAAAAACCACUUGCCAAGUGUUGGCAGUUUCAGUGAGACUGCUUAUUAUGCACCUGGCAACACCGGUCAUCCUGUUUUCAAAACUAAAUACGCGAAUAUCGCUGUAAACAUGUGUUAUGGUCGCCAUCAUGCACUAAAUUGGUUAAUGUUUGCUGAAAACGGCGCACAGAUAGUAUUUAAUCCUUCGGCGACUAUAGCUGAAUUUGGACAAUCCUUUUGGGGUGUAGAAGCUCGUAAUGCUGCAAUAGCAAAUAGUUAUUUCACUUGUAGUAUUAAUAGAGUUGGGACGGAAGAAUUUACGGUGGGCAAUGAAACUAAAACAAGAACAUAUUACGGAUCUUCUUAUGUUUCUGCUCCUGACGGCAGUAGAACACCAUGUUUAUCGAAUGAAAAGGAUGGCCUCCUCGUCGCUGAAAUAGAUUUGAAUUUAUGUCGCCAAGUUAAAGAUAAAUGGGGUUUCAGAAUGACGGCCCGUUUAGAUAUGUAUGCAAAAGAAAUCAAUGAAUCACUUGAAAAUAAAAUUGUCUACUAA